AGAGAGGGAGAGAGACUCUCCAGCCUGGGAACUAUAACUCCUCUGCAAGAGGCGGAGUACUCCCGCCCCGCAUCUUUUGGAGACUUUUCUCUCUUCGCCCACCUCCGCCCCGGCCGGGAGUUGAGCCGCCCGCUCGGCAGCCGCGCGCGUCCCCCAGCUCGGCGUGCGCUUGGCCCCGGGAGCCGGGAGGGCCCGGCGAUUGCGCCGCGGCCGCCGCAAGGGUGUGAGCGCGCGUGGGCGCCCGCCGAGCCGGGGCCAUGGUGCAGCAAACCAACAACGCCGAGAACACGGAAGCGCUGCUGGCCGGCGAGAGCUCGGACUCGGGCGCCGGCCUCGAGCUGGGCAUCGCCUCCUCCCCCACUCCCGGCUCCACCGCUUCCACGGGCGGCAAGGCCGACGACCCGAGCUGGUGCAAGACGCCGAGCGGGCACAUCAAGAGGCCCAUGAACGCCUUCAUGGUGUGGUCGCAGAUCGAGCGGCGCAAGAUCAUGGAGCAGUCGCCCGACAUGCACAACGCCGAGAUCUCCAAGCGGCUGGGCAAACGCUGGAAACUGCUCAAAGACAGCGACAAGAUCCCUUUCAUUCGGGAGGCGGAGCGGCUGCGUCUCAAGCACAUGGCUGACUACCCCGACUACAAGUACCGGCCCAGGAAGAAGGUGAAGUCCGGCAACGCCAACUCCGGCUCCUCGGCCGCCUCCUCCUCCAAGCUGGGGGAGAAGGGCGACAAGGUCGGUGGCAGCGGCGGGGGCGGCGGCGGUGGCGGGAGCGGCAACGCGGGGGGAGGAGGCGGCGGCGCGAGCGGCGGCGGCGCCAACUCCAAACCCGCGCAGAAAAAGAGCUGCGGCUCCAAAGUGGCGGGCGGCGGGGUCGGCAAGCCCCACGCCAAGCUCAUCCUGGCGGGCGGCGGCGGGGGCGGCGGGAAAGCGGCGGCCGCUUCCUCCUCCUCCUUCGCGGCCGAGCAGGCGGGGGCCGCCGCCCUGUUGCCCCUGGGCGCCGCCGCCGCCGCCGCCGACCACCACUCGCUGUACAAGACGCGGACUCCCGGCGCCUCGGCCUCUGCGGCGGCCUCGGCCUCCGCCGGCCUUGCGGCCCCGGGCAAGCACCUGACCGAGAAGAAGGUGAAGCGCGUCUACCUGUUCGGCGGCCUGGGCGCGUCGUCCUCGCCCGUCGGCGGCGUGGGCGCGGGCGCCGACCCCAGCGACCCCCUCGGCCUGUACGAGGAGGGGGGCGCCGGCUGCUCGCCCGACGGGCCAAGUCUGAGCGGCCGCAGCAGCGCCGCUUCGUCGCCGGCUGCCGGCCGCUCGCCCGCCGACCACCGUAGCUACGCCAGCCUGCGCGCCGCCUCGCCCGCCCCGUCCAGCGCGCCCUCGCACGCGUCCUCGUCGGCCUCGUCCCAUCACUCCUCCUCCUCCUCGUCCUCCUCCUCCUCGGGCUCGUCGUCCUCGGACGACGAGUUCGAAGACGAUCUGCUCGACCUGAACCCCAGCUCAAACUUUGAGAGCAUGUCCCUGGGCAGCUUCAGCUCGUCCUCGGCGCUGGACCGGGACCUGGAUUUUAACUUCGAGCCUGGCUCCGGCUCGCACUUCGAGUUCCCGGACUACUGCACGCCCGAGGUGAGCGAGAUGAUCUCGGGAGACUGGCUGGAGUCCAGCAUCUCCAACCUGGUCUUCACCUACUGAAGGGCGCGCGGGCUGGGAGAAGAGGGGCGGGGGAGGGGGGCAGAGAGGAAAAAGAAAAAAUGAAAAAAAAAGCGGACAGAGAAAAGAGUUGCAAGAGAAAAGGGAAAAAAAAAGGAAAAAG